AAGCUAUAUUUGAACGAGAAAAAUUUAAAUAUGGAAUAUGGUAUAAAAGAUGUAGAAUCUGAAGACUACCAAGUGGCUUUAUGUCUUUGGGCGAACAUUCAUAGGGCCUUGCGAAGGCAAGGCAUGGCCAUGAUGGGAUUUAUUUUCACCCUUCCUCCAGCCAUGGUAGCUGAAGACUGUGCAAUACGGAUCUUAUAUUCUCGUAUUCACCAUGGGCGUCCAGAAGAAAUAUGUUACCCAAUGUCAGCGGAUGAUAUGUCAGAAAUUGAUAUGAAGAGUGAGCUAACACCUUCACUUGGAGAUGUCCAAGAUCCUCCUGAGGAAACUGUCACUGAAAUUUCAAGAGAACGUCAAGAAUCUGAAGAAACUCUGGAAGAACUAUCACCACAAAGCGAAAUCUUAACUGGAAAAGAUGAACAUGGGAACAUGGAUCCACCAGAAGAAUCCGAAAUUAAAAUCCUUGAGGCAGAUGAAUAUUUUCUUGUUGGAGGCACAUACCAUUUUGAGAUAUUUGCAGUUCCAAAGUUAACCACUUGGAGGAGCGGACUUACAUAUAUUCACAGGGAAAAGCCAAAACUGAGGAGAAUUCAUUUCAAGAUGAAAUUUUCCCCGUCUGAGGAAACUCCUAGCCGUACUCAGCUCACGGAUCGAUUUGAGGAUGAAAUACAGCGCCAAGAAAUACCCGCCAUCAUUCAAUUGCAGCUUCAAUUACCUAAAUACGUUACAUUCUUAGAAGAACCUAUUCCAGCCUAUUUCUAUUCUGACUUGAAUGCUUUCUCUGCAAGCAAUAUUUACGAGCCAGUUUACAAUAAAGAUAAUCACCAAAUUUCCUUCAGAACGAAUAAGUUUGGAAUGUUUGCGAUGCUUCAGAAGAGAUAUUCCAACUUUCCAUAUAAGAAAUGGCAAAUAAUAGGAGGCGACACUGUUAUUUUAUCUCUCAGCGGAAACUUCAUCAAAAUCAGGAUCGAAAUUUCUUCUUCUGGUUGCCGUAUUGAAUCCAUAAACCCAGAUGAAGAUAAUAUUGCACACUAUAUUGGCGCUGAAUGGGCACCUCCUGAACAGCUCAUACAAAAAUUAUUAUCUGUAGGCAUAAAUAUUUCGGCCGAGAAGAAAAUAUCUGAAGUUUUAGGAUUUCUUCCCAAGAUAUCAAAACUGGAAAACGAGAUCUAUAUCACGAUGUCAUUAUUGUGCAAAAAAUGUGACUUCUUCUGGUGCAAGUGGAACCGUCAGCUUCCACGUAACCAAGUGGUUUUAAAAUUCCUUUUUAAAGAUGAAGUGAAGGAAAUGCCAUGUUCGAUUGCAUGGAUCAAGGAGGACAGAGUUGUUAAAGUAAACUGUCCGGACGAUAUGAGCACCUUCGAACCAGAUAUACUAGAAUCCCAGUCGUUUUGUAGUAAUUUAUAUCAUCUGAUUCUUCAAGAUUCAUCAGAAUUACAGAAGCAGGAGCCAUUUCACGUCGAUUGUGGUUUGAUAGAGAAUGUUCGCUCUCUGCUGUUACGUUGUAGACCUUUAAGCUGCUCGCAGUAAUGACUCACCCAACGUUUGGAAUACGUAAUUUAUAUUUUAACUGGAAAAUCUUUGUUUGCAAUUCACUGUUUGUUAGAAAUGUAGGAAAAUUAAA